ACUGAGUUAUACGCGAAUCGUUAAAAUAGCACGUGAAUCAAAAAUACCAUCAUGCCUCUAAACAAAACGAAAAAAAAACUUCGAACAAAGUAUUUACAUUGUGAAGACAAAAUGCUAUCGCGUUAUAAAAAACAAUUUAUCAAAUCCUUAAAAGCUUAACAAAGUAAAAAAUAGAAUUAAUGCUUUUAUUAUAGUCACACUUUUGACAAAACUUUAAGGACUUUUGUCGUCUUGUACAGUUUUAGUUAAGAAAGCUAAAUGCUUGUCGCUAACAUAUAUUCAUUCUUCGUUCUACUUUCAUUCCACUUCUAUGGCUUUGGGUGAAGAAUCUGAAGUUACGCUGAAAACCCACUCAGAUGAAAGAAAAACCGAAGCUCUCUCAAUCCAACCCAAUUUGUCCACUACAGCAGCAUAUUAUACUGGAAGUUUCGCGCCCAAACCAUCAGACUCCGAACCCGAACACUCGAAACGUGGAAAAGCUUUAGUUAAAAGCCUUGAUCGAGAAAAUACUAUUUUAAUUCAAAAGAACCCAAAGUCGAAAAUAAAGUUGGUAGUCUUAGAUAAAUACAAACAGAUGAUACAGAAUAACUCAAAUAAAAGUUCCAGAAUUCCUAUACCAGGUGCACAGCCGGUUAGAUUAAGUAAUCAAUCUUCAAUUCUUGCCCCGAAUAGUUCAGAAGUUGACCCUUUAGUGAAAGGAGGCGAGCUGCCAAAUUUGACCUUCAGCGUUUCCCAAUUCAACCCAAAACAGCAAAAGUAUUCCAUAACAGACACUGCCAACUUCAAACCUCGUGCAUCGUCGCUGUCUAACCGAGUUCAACUGAGCGACACACGAAAUAGAAAUUAUCACAAUUUGAUAGCGAGAAAACGCAAUUCGAAGUCGGACCCGAGCCUCAUGGGAUCCUCAGGCUCUGUUGAAAACUCGCAAGAAAUCAACGAAGAAGAAAAACAACAUCAAGCUGUGGAUAACUCUUCCAAAAACGGAUCCAAUCAUAUCGAGUUUCCUGAAGAGAUGGACGUUUUGUCUGAUUCGAUCGUGGCAUCAAAGCCCCCCAAAAGUGACAGACGCAACAAAUCGUCAACUUCGCGUUCCCAUCAUGAUUCAAAGUCCAGAACAAAGUCGAACACGGGACUUCAUCGGGGAAUCACAAUGGCCGCCGCACAAAAGAAUCCGAACGCGGACGAGCGGCAAGAUACAAAGAAACGUCGUUCUACGCCUCUCGGAUCCAGAUCGUUCGCAAAUGAGGAGUCACGCUCGGGCGAUCUGAUCAAAUCACAAGACGACACGUCAUUGAGGAUGUCUUCGAACUCAUCCAAGACUAAACAUUUGAACUCGAGUGAUCGGGAAAGCAGAGAUCGAUCGAAAUCUCAGUCGGAUUUCAGCCGAAAGACGAAUGGCCAGUCGCAUACUCGGCUGCACGCGAACGAAAAGUAUGUAAGUCCAUAUGAAAAAGGACGAAGUGCGCAUUCAAGAGAGCCAACAUUGAAUAAACUAGGACAUCGAUCGGCUAAACGGGACACUCCUAACGCUUCGGCUUCGAGCGACGUCAUUGUUGCAAGCUCAAGGAGAAACUCUCGUUUGAAUUUCUCCGAGCCAUUUGAAAUUAACUGCGGAGUUGAAAAUCACGAUUCGGAUGCUUCCAAAAAGGGAUCGAAAAGCCGAGGAAAAAGAGAAGUUAGCAGCCCCAUCGUUCUUUCCAGUGCCAGAGACGGUAAAGAGGAAAACAAUUCUGAAAAUGAGGAUUGUAAAGUGACGGUGCGUAGUACAGGUGUACUGAGCAAUAGACUUGAAAAGAGAGAGAGAGGAGAGAAUAAAAAUAAACAGCUUUGUGACGGCGACGCCAAGGUAAAUAAUAAUGAAAAUAUAAACCAAAGCAGCAUAGUGACUAUGGAAGUAUUUUCAAAAGGAAAAGCUUUUAAUGAAAGCAACGGAAUCAGCAGAGACAUUCCAACUAAAUGCAGCUCAAAUGCGGUAGCAACAAACAACGAAACCAGUAGUGAAAAACAGAGGAGCGAACAACAUAAUAAAGACACGGUACAAAAUCAACGACCGGAAGAUGUUUUGAAUUCGACUGAAAACGACCGAGUCAAGACAACAAGAUUAAGACCGGCCAAAGAACACAGCCAGGAAGAUCAGGCGGCAAACUGCAAAGGCGCCCAGAAUAAGACACACUUGAACAUCCCCGGGAACGAGAGGGUGGGAAGUGACAAGCCGAAUAUGCAUUCACACAAUUCGAGGGCUUCUGUCCUUUCUAAGUCGCCUCCUAGAAGCAGAGGCCCCAGCAACUCAAGAUCAGUUAGAUCAACUAGUGGUAAGAGGCCAGUCAUAAAAGCCACACCUAUAGCUCAAGCUGCCCAAAUACACCCAAAACAAGUAGCCUCCAAUCCUUCAACUGGAUCCACCAUGAAGGGCACUGGAGGUUAUGCAAAACGAGGCAAGCCAAGGGUUAGUACGACUGUAAAGCCGUCCCAGGAAGCCGAAAAGAAAUCUGCCUCGGCUAAGAAAAAGCGAGAAGAUGCAAAUGGCGAGACGUUUUCAGACGGUACUGAUAAAGAAGACAACGAGGAGCAUUACGAAGUUCGCCCGCCACUGCCUUCGAAUGCCAGAAUCCCCCCUGUUAUCACGGACCCCUCCGUCCACCCUUACGACGCAACUGAAAAAUGUAUCAAAUCUCUGGCCAAACACCCUCUCGAUAUCGAUUUCGGCGCCUGGCAUCGAAAUGUACUACCGACGUUGCCGCCGUUGGUUAGGAACCCGCAGUCGGGUAGGAGAUACAUUGAGCUGCCGAACCAAUUCUACGCCUGCAGAGGAAAUAACACAAUCUUAGUCGAGAAUCACUUCGUGAAACACAUGCAAUGGACGAGAACGGAGGAGAGAGGGCCUAAUUACAAGUUCAAGUGGAUGCAAUGUGUGAACCAAAUUGACUACGACGAGUUUCGAGACUCGGAACAAGUAGCCAAUCAUAUCAGUAACAUAUCAUGUUUAACUACCAAAAUUGGCCUCGUUGAAAGUUUGCGAGCUUACGAGCGACAUCUGCAACAAAAAGUUGAGCGAAAACCAAAUACUGCAGCAAACAAUGAUUUGAAAAUGGUUGAUUUUUUCAACGAAACUUUUAAACUAAAUAACAAGACAGAAAACGCAGCUUUCAGGGAAACGUAUAAGGCGGGCGAAACGUGGAUUUGCAAGCCGAACGGAUUGAAUCAAGGCAUUGGGAUUUUUCUGAUGCGAAGUUUAGAAGAUCUGGAUGCUAAAUUAAACGAUCUGAAUAGCAGCAAGAAGUCUUCACCCUACAAACAACGGAGUCAUAACUAUGAUAGAAUGAUUCAAAGAUACAUUGAACAUCCGUUGUUGCUGGAUAAUAAGAAGAUUGACAUCCGAGCUUACAUGCUGAUAGCAUCGACUGCGCCCUUCGUGGUGCUCUAUCACCCCGGCUAUCUGCGACUGUGCAUCGACGACUACAAAUUAGACGACAACAGUUUAAUCGGCCACUUGAACAACCAGUACAUCCAGAAAAAAGAUCCCAGGUACAAGAAGUUGAAAGACGACACAGUUUGGAGUUACGAAAGAGCCAAUGACUACAUAAACGAACACUACAUGAAGUCGAAAGGCAUCGAAGAAGAUUGGUGGUACAAAGUGUUCGAAAAGCAAGCUAAGCGAAUCAUGCUCCACUGCUUCCAAGCUGUUAAAUGUACUUUGAAGAGCCGCAUCGGAACUUUCGACUUACUCGGAUUCGACUUUAUGAUCGACGAAAACAUGAAAGUUUACCUGAUUGAAAUCAAUGUGAACCCUGCUCUGGCUACUAACUGUCAAGUUCUGGACCAAGUCAUUCCGCCGAUGGUGCACGAAUCAAUUGACGUAGUCAUGGAAAUCUGGGAAAAAGCGAGACGAGGACUUGCUGUCAGUCCGAUUCAAAGUAGACAGAAUAUGGAAAUACUCUACAACGAGGCUAUGCAGAGCAAGUAUCGACGGAGCCAGCAUUCGGCUAAGAUGGCAGCCAACUUCAGCAAUGCUUCCAACUCCACUAACCCAAACAGUUCCACCGCCAGCAAAGAAAGCAACAACUCGACUAACUCGCAAAACAAAUCAGCAUCCAGGUUCAAAUCCCAAUCACCCAAUAGAGACAAUUCGCUUUCAGCAGGCUAAAAACACACUGCAUUUAUUUUUAUAUUGAACGCUACCUAAUAAAAAUCUAUAAAAAAUGAUUUGACCCUUA